AUUUUGAUUUUUGCUGUGAGUUGUGUUGAAUUAUCGCUGAAUGCUGAUCACAACGUUGUGUUUUACUGAUAUUUAAAAAGUUAGGUAUGAAUUAAAAUCUAUCAAUAUGAGUCAAACAAUAAACGUGGAACAGCUGAACUCAGCACUCGGCUCGCUUAGAACUCUUCGUUCAAGCGUUAGCCAUGUUUUUGAGACCUUGUCAAACGGCCUCCGAGCAGACCACGGCGAAGAUGGAAAAGAUAAGUUCCUCCUCGAAUUACAAGAACUCCUCAACAAUGUAAAUAUUAACCUACGAGAUCUAGAACAAACAGUGAACGGUUUGCCAAUCCCUACAGCGCCUUUUAAUCUCGGCAACACAACGUUUUUGAGUCAAGAAACCACGCAAGAUCGCCAAGCGUUGUACACUCAACUGGUUAACAGCUACAAAUGGACGGAUAAAAUACACGAAUACAGCUCAUUUGCUCAUACUUUACUAAGCCAGAACUCGUUGAAAAGAUCGUAUAUAAAUUCUGGGAGUACGAAAAGACGCGGCAAGCUCCAAAGUAAUCAUAACGUCGCGCCGCAUCAAGUCGACAACGUAAUAAAUAACAUUGACCGUUCAUACGGAGACAUGAAGAUCACGAUAUCACGACCUUUUGCUAGCAACGCUGUCGUGCAGAUCAACUUAAGUCAUGUUUUAAAAGCAGUUGUUGCCUUUAAAGGAUUAUUAAUGGAAUGGGUAAUGGUUAAAGGCUGUGGAGAGACCUUGGAUCUGUGGACGGAGUCUCGUCACAACGUUUUCCGGAAGGUCACGGAAAAUGCUCACGCUGCCAUGCUACAUUUCUAUUCACCAACGUUACCUGAACUAGCAGUUCGAUCAUUCAUGACCUGGUUGCACAGUUACGUUAACCUUUUCAGUGAGCCGUGUAAGAGAUGUGGGUGUCACUUGCAUCAUACGUCUAUGUUACCACCGGCUUGGCGUGACUUCCGCACACUUGAACCUUUUCACGAUGAAUGCAAGCAAUAGUUAAUGUGGUAUUGAAUGGGAAAGCUUGGAACACUGGUCCGUUGCUGUUGCUUGUGUUGCAGCUUUCACGUUCAAUAUAAAAGGUGUUGAAAUUGACAGUUUCGUUAGUGGUAAUUUAAUGAAUAUAGUGUAAUAUAAUCAAUCAGACUGGUCAUAUUAUCAGAAAUUGUAUUAGAAAAGGUUCUGGUGCACACUCUGUGAACAUCAGAAGCAUAUCAAUCUGGCUAAAUUCUGACAGUGCUGAGGCUAAUAAAAUGUAUGAGCAGAGUGCCUUGAUGCACGUGUUACGAUUUUUUCUGACAAAUAAUUUCUGAUAAUAUGCCGCCAUCUAGAUGUACAUAAUUUUUCCAAGUCUUGAUCCCCAUAAGUAAAGGAUUCAAAUAAUGUGCUAAACAAUCAAACAGCUUACCUUGUCAACUUAGCCCAGACUUUGUAUAUUACUUUUUUUAAUUAUGAAUAUGUUCUGAAAAAAUUAUAAAAAAAAACAAUGGAUAACAUCCAUUCAUGAUUCUACUUUUCUCAUUGCUUAAAAAAUUCAGUGACUAUGGUUUAGACUUUUAAUAAUAUUAUGUACAGUUAAAAAUAGGUAAUGGAAAUAAAACUAAGUUUUAAUUUGU